CGUAGAACUGUUUCGAACAAUUUGGAAGGUUCUCCAGCUUUCGAGGAGUAAUCGCUCGAAAUUAUAAAAUUUGGCUCCAGGUUCUCAUCACAUCAGAUCACAUAUUUUCAACAUCCAUCUUCCCUUCACCCAUCCAAAACUUCGCGCAUAAUGUCUUCCUCAAAAGCUAUUGGUAUCGAUCUCGGCACUACAUACUCGUGUGUCGGUGUGUGGCAAAACGAUCGAGUUGAAAUUAUUGCCAAUGACCAAGGUAACCGAACGACGCCUUCCUAUGUCGCCUUCACCGACGGAGAGCGUCUUAUCGGUGAUGCCGCAAAGAACCAAGUCGCGAUGAACCCUCAUAAUACUGUCUUCGACGCCAAGCGUCUCAUUGGUCGUAAAUUCGAUGACGCUGAAGUUCAAGCCGAUAUGAAGCACUUCCCUUUCACUGUCUUUUCAAAAGAGGGGAAGCCGUACAUUGAGGUUGAAUACCGCGGCGAGAAAAAACAAUUUUCACCUGAAGAAAUAUCUUCGAUGGUCCUCCUCAAAAUGAAAGAAACUGCCGAAGCAUUCCUCGGCACCACUAUCACUAACUCAGUCGUGACCGUUCCCGCGUAUUUCAAUGACUCUCAACGUCAGGCAACCAAGGACGCCGGAACCAUAUCCGGAAUGAAUGUCCUCCGUAUUAUUAACGAACCAACUGCCGCGGCGAUUGCUUAUGGCCUCGACAAAAAGGUGUCUGGCGAGCGUAAUGUCUUGAUUUUCGAUUUGGGAGGAGGAACUUUUGAUGUUUCCCUAUUGACGAUCGAAGAAGGUAUUUUCGAAGUCAAAGCCACUGCUGGUGACACCCAUCUUGGCGGUGAGGACUUUGACAACAGGUUGGUUAACCACUUUAUUCAAGAAUUCAAGCGCAAGAACAAAAAGGAUCUCUCUUCUAACCCUCGUGCCGUUCGUCGUCUCCGUACCGCUUGCGAACGUGCUAAGCGUACUCUGUCUUCUGCCGCUCAGACCUCGAUCGAAAUCGAUUCCUUGUAUGAGGGUAUUGACUUCUACACUUCCCUUACACGUGCCCGUUUCGAGGAACUCUGCCAAGACCUUUUCCGUAGCACUCUCGAUCCUGUCGAGAAGGUCCUUCGCGAUUCCAAGAUUGAUAAGGCCAAUGUGCACGAAAUCGUCCUUGUCGGCGGUUCAACUCGUAUUCCUCGUAUCGUCAAGCUCGUCUCCGACUUCUUUAAUGGUAAGGAGCCCAACAAGAGCAUUAACCCCGAUGAGGCUGUUGCCUACGGUGCUGCUGUCCAAGCUGCGAUUCUAUCCGGUGACACUUCUGAGAAGACUCAGGAUCUACUUCUCCUCGACGUCUCUCCCCUCUCCCUCGGUAUUGAAACUGCUGGUGGUGUGAUGACCGCACUCAUCAAGCGUAACACCACUGUCCCGACUAAGAAGUCUGAAACCUUCUCAACUUACGCCGAUAACCAACCUGGUGUGCUCAUCCAAGUCUUCGAGGGUGAACGUGCUCGCACUAAGGACAACAACCUCCUUGGGAAAUUCGAGCUUUCUGGUAUCCCACCUGCUCCCCGUGGUGUACCUCAAAUCGAGGUCACCUUCGACAUCGAUGCCAACGGUAUCUUGAAUGUUUCUGCCGCUGAUAAGAGUACCGGCAAGUCAAACCGUAUCGUCAUCACCAAUGACAAGGGCCGUCUUACGAAGGAAGAGAUCGAACGCAUGGUUUCAGAGGCGGAGAAAUACAAAGCCGAGGACGAGGCUGCUACUGCCCGAAUCACUGCUAAGAACGGUCUCGAAUCUUACUCGUACAAUCUUCGUAACUCCCUUACCGACGAGAAGCUUGCCGAUAAAUUCAGUCCGGAAGACAAGGCUAAGCUUACGACCCAUGUUGACGAAACCAUCAAGUGGCUCGACGAGAGCCAGGAGGCAUCGAAGGAGGAGUACGAAGAGAAGCAGAAGGAGCUUGAGGCGAUCGCAAACCCAAUCAUGCAAAAACUGUAUGGUGCUGCUGGUGGUCCUGAUGCAGGUGGCUUCCCUGGAGCUGGAGGAUUCCCUGGCGGUGCACCAGGUGGCUUCCCUGGUGCAGGAGCUGAGGAAGGGCCCUCCGUCGAGGAAGUAGACUAGAUGAUUGGGCUUUGGGUAUUGAACUUUUUACUUUCUCCAACUAACGCUUGCCUCUACCCUUCCGUUCUCGUCGUCGUUGUUUCCUAAACUCGGGUUCUGCUUGCUUUCCAAUUAACAUGAUCUCAGAACCAAAAUAAUCAUUACGACCUGACACAGUGACAAUGUAUAUUACACAUUAGCAUUCUUAACACCAUAUUUUUUCCUGUAGCUAGACACUGCAAUGUAAUCUAUAUUUCUCAUUAAACGUGCGGACCGCUUUCAAGAUUUAUUUUUCAAAAGGGUUUGGCCAUCAAUUUUUUGUUAUGUACAUGCAUCUUUCAAAAUGC